CAGGCAAAUCUUAAUCCUUAUGUUAUUAACUGGAUCUUAGACUUUUUAACAAAUCGGAAGCAGCGAGUCGUGGUAGAUGGAAUUGUGACGGAUUUUCUAGAUAUCAACAAAGGAGUACAACAAGGAACUGUCAUUGGCCCUUUCUUAUUCUCACUCAUGGUCAAUGAUAUUAAUCUCGAAGAUCCUGAUAGUAAUCUUUUGAUUAAGUUUGCGGACGACUUGACUGUUAGUGCUCCUGUGAAAACUACUGGAGAUUCAGCAGCUAGCGAAGUAAGGAACAUUAAAGGAUGGGCGAGUGAUAAUAGGAUGGCUCUUAGUAUAUCUAAAACUUGGGAAAUGAUUGUUCGUGGCAGAACAACGAAGCCAUUACCGCUCCAAUUGGAUGGUAUUGAGCGCAAAAACUGGUUGAAACUUCUCGGAAUGGCUUUUCAGGACGACCCUUGCUGUUGGGAUUUACAAGUCGACACCCUCCUAUCGAAGGCUGCUAGCCGUAUGUACAUCCUUAGAGUUUGCAGAUCCUAUGGUUAUACAAAGGAAAACUUAAACCUAUUGUUUGAAAUUCUAAUUCUAUCGUUGUUCCACUACGGAAUUGAAGUUUGGAGAUCAGCUCUACAGAAUAAAUAUCUACAACGAAUUGAUAAAUUCCUCAGACGAGCUUAUCGAUUUGGAUAUACCUUGAAAGAGUAUAAAAUAUCGCAACUGGUUGAGAAGAAGGACAAGGCCUUAUUUGCAAAAAUUGUGAAAGAUCCGGAUCACGCCUUACAUAACCUACUCCCAGAUAAGAGAUCCAGAACUUUAAGAGAAAGAAAACACUCUUUUAUUCUACCAAUGAUCAAAACUGAACGUUUUAAACGCUCGUUUUUAAAUAGAUGCUUAUUUGACUAUUUUUAA